AUGGUCAUGGCUUCGGUCCACCUCCUUGACAAUGCAAGGGACAACGGCGCGCGGCGCAUUCCAUCCACACCACGAAUGCUCCAGUUGACCGGUGGGAAUACCCAGACCAGUUAUACCAUGUCGUUGGACGCCACAGAAUGGACAGACGAGAUGCAUUCGUCUUGCUCGCAGAAUAGAGACGGUUUGGGAAAUAUUGCCAAGCGCGCUGGGUCAAAGGGCGAGUUUUGCAAGAAAUGGGUGUUGUCCCCGACUGGGCGAGAUGAAACGCAUGUUCGGACAUCCAAUGGCUGUUUGGAGGGCGACGCCUCUACGCGACAUCUGAUGGUCGGGACAAUCAAUCACGACUCGGAUAUGCAGGGGCCCUACGAGAUCAAGAUUCCUUUUCACGCCCAAUAUCGAUCGAGGCCAUGGCUCCAGAUCGUCAGUUGGUCCUUUUUCUUGCUCACCUUGUUCUUUGACAUCGGACCGAGCUCGCUAACCUUUGCCAAAGCCGACAUCAACAAUUUCCUCGACGACAUGGAGCAAGGCCCAUCUGCCGUGUUUGCCGUCUUCUUCGCCGUCUCCUGUGCGGUUCAUAUAUGGCAGAGCAGCAAGUACAAAUGCUGGGAGACGACAUGGCCGCUCCCUUUUGCGUGCAUUGUCAUGACGGCGGGGUUCAUCUGUCGCGAGGUUGCUGCACACGAUCAUGAUGCAGAUGGUGAAGGGAGCGCGAUCCAGGGGCUCUUUUACAGCGCCACACCAAUCUUCACGCUCCCGCUUUACAUGCUUCUGCUCCUAUAUUCCGCCACGGUGGCGGAGUCAUCAUGGCCCCGUCCCAACCUGACCCUCUCGUACGUCGUCAUCUGGACCUUCUUCAGCGCCGUCAUCUCCUGCACCGCCCAGGGCGCGUCCACGUACUUCAACCCCGACGCCAGCACGGGCGCCGUCCGCUCCGCCCUCGCGCUGCUCAAGGCCAGCCUGUUCCUGCAACUCGCGCCCAACGCGGCCUUUCUCUACGUCCUUCUCAGGUGGUUGUGGUCACUCGUGCGACGCCGCAACGGGGACGUGGACGUGGCCGUCGCCGCUGCCCGUCACCGACCCUUUCUGUCGGUGUUGCUCGCUCUGAUGGCGCUGGUGUGCGUGCGCAACGUCUUCCGCACCGUCCAGCUCUUCGUCUCCCCGCGCUCCCCGCUGUGGACGGCCGAGGCGUAUUUCUGGGUCUUUGAGGGGGCGGUCAUGCUGGGGUAUACAGUGCUCUUUCACGUCGCUCAUCCGGGGAGAUUGGUCCCCACUGGGCUGGAGGAUUACAGGAGACAAAGACGGUGCAGUUAG